CUACCAAUUAUAGGAGCUCGAGAAUGUAAGGGGUACUUCUUUGUCCCCGGACCAACAAACAUGUUGGAGCCAGCACUUGCUACUUAAACUUCGGCACUGGGGAGAAGUACCUAUUCAUUCUUUGAUUAAUCUCACAAUGGCAGAAUCUCGCCUUAGAAUUGCUAUUAUAGGUGGCGGUCUAGCUGGCGCCACCUUAGCAAACGUCCUGAUUCAAAUUCCGCAUGUAGCAGUUCACGUCUAUGAAUCUACACCGGAAUUCUCGUCGCGCGGCGCUGCUAUUGUGCUAACCAAUACUUCUCAGAAGAGCUUUCAGCGGGCGAUACCAUCAGCCCCUGAUAUCCUCAAAAAGACUGGCGCUGUUCCUAAAAACUCAACUCAGCUUAUCUUAGGAUCUGGUCCGGAAGCCGGCGCCGUUAUUGCUGAUCUUGGGAACUCUGGCACUCCGGGCCUAGUAGUCUCUCGCUUUUCGCUUUUGCGCGAACUCCUCUCCCUAUUGCCCAAGGAGAUUCUUUAUACUAGCAAGAAACUCACGAAAAUCAUUGCGGGAGGUGACUACGUUGACAUUCUAUUCGAAGAUGGUACUUCGAGUCAAUUUGAUGCUGUUAUUGGUGCCGACGGUAUUUUCAGCAGUGUUCGCAAGCACGUUGUGGGGACUGCGGCAGACGAGGCGUAUUCCGCUUCGCCGGCUGGUUUCUGGGACAGCCGGAAUUUAAUACCGUACGAGAAAGCCAAAUCCGUUCUCGGAGAGGAGUACUUCAAGCUCGACCGUCAAUAUGGGUGGAUCGGCGACGGAGCAUUCAUCAUGCAUGAGUUCUUGGAGGAUCGCGCUGUGGUGCAGUGCGUCAUUUCCGUUAUAGAGAAAGAUCCCCCGAAGGAUCGCAGAAAACGACAACUCACAAAAGAAUAUCUGACAGAGAUUCUGAGCAAUUGGCUUGAUGGUCCAAUUGCUAAGGGUAUGAUAGAGCUGACAUUAGAUCAACCCGAACCCUCUGGGUACUCGCAAUGGGAACAUAAGUUAACUCUGACCUACGCUAAAGACCACGUCUGUAUCGUAGGUGACGCCGCGCAUUCAAUGACUCCGUGGCAAGGUUUCGGGGCCGGCAUGGCGAUUGAAGAUGCUAUGGUUCUCGGAGUUCUCUUCCGUAACAUAUCUUCGCCUCAAGGAAUUAGUGCGGCGUUCAAAGCCUUCGAUGCCAUGAGGAGGGUAAGAUGUGAACGAAUCAUCCAUUCAAGUCAAGGGACAGGAGUGAUAAUGUGUGGUCGGAACGAGGAGGUUGGGUUGGAUGUGGACAAGUUUAGGCAAUCCCUUUUUUCUAGAUGGGAUGUUAUUGAUGCUAUCGAUUACGAUGUUCAUGAACAAGAAGCUCUAGAAAAGCUCAGAGAGACUUUAACUGGAGGAAAUUAGGUUAUAGAUAAGGUAACCUUUCGAGGAUUCCGAUGAGCCUUUUUUUUCCUGGUUCAAUGCGACCUAAUAUCAUGCAACACGUCAGCAACGUCAAUAACGAGGUCUACAUUAAUUACCUAGGCACUUAGCACAUUGCGG